UCCGCCGUAGCUGCGCACGAUUUUUUCCGGGGGCGCUCGAAUUUUUAUGACUACGUAUUCUCUAUAGCAAAUACGUUGGUUUGACACCGUAGUAGUAGCCACGGGACCACUGAGCGACGCAGACUGCUUGCUGGCUGAUUGGGGAGGCUUAAAGAGACAACAGCAAGAAGGAAGAGAAGGAGAUGAAAUCAAGAAAAUAUCAAUAAAAUUAUGGAAAAUGGGAAUUCACACUGAGUAAAACGCACCUCACCAGGUCAUUGCUGGUUUCAACGAGGUCAUGGUGAAGAUUGCAGUGUCCUCCACCUUCACCUGGAGACACGGCUGGCACCUUGGAGACUAGAAAUCCACUAAAAGGAACUUCAGCUGUAGUAGCUGCUCACCAUCUGUACGGAGAUCUUCGCUGUGCAUCUCUCCUUGAGUGUUGGAACCCCAGGAAUGCCUACUGCACCACCACAGCCUGACCAGGAGGAGGCGCUGCGGGGCGCAGGGGCCAGCUGGCGGGUGGGCCUGCGGCUGCACUAACCCGGGAUUGCUCGCAUGCCCGCGCACGAGUGCCCGUGUUUCCACAGUGUGUGCGUUCGCUCGCACGUUCUCCAGGAGGGGGCGACCAUGUUGCUCUGACCCGGUGACUGAGAAACCCCCGAAGAACAGAAGAAGCUAACGGCCACGGAGAGGGACCGGAGCGAGGGACUGACCCUGAGGGAGGACUGGUUUAAUUCCGGGAACGCUUUCCGCUACCUUCGUCUGGUUACAGUUUAAAAAUACAAACAAACAAAAAAAACCUUUUGGCUGGGUAUACACGCUCUUUCUAAGCCGGAAUCCUCCUCUGUAUUGUGAGGUGUUCCUUCCCUCCCUCCCAUCCGCCUCCCAGGGUAGUUGUUUUGGCGGCGCUUGUGAUUUGCAUGGCAGCAGUGUAACCGUGGAGAGGCCAGGGUAUCACAAGCUUAUGGAUUUUGAUAAGAGAGGAGGGAAGGGGGAGGCAGAGGAAGGGAAGAGGAUGUCCAAGGCUGCCGGGAGCAGGACUGCGCAUGGGGGCCGGAGCGCAGGCACCAACUCCGGGGUGCUUAUGGUUGGCCCCAACUUCCGUGUAGGGAAGAAGAUUGGUUGCGGGAAUUUCGGAGAGCUGCGGCUGGGGAAGAACCUGUACACCAAUGAGUAUGUGGCCAUCAAACUGGAGCCAAUAAAGUCCAGGGCGCCCCAACUGCAUUUGGAAUACAGAUUUUACAAGCAGCUGGGAAAUUCAGAGGGAAUUCCUCAGGUGUACUACUUUGGCCCAUGUGGGAAAUACAACGCCAUGGUCCUGGAGCUUCUGGGGCCCAGCCUGGAGGACCUGUUUGACCUCUGCGACCGCACCUUCUCCCUCAAAACAGUCCUCAUGAUAGCGAUACAGUUGAUAACGCGGAUGGAGUAUGUGCACACCAAAAGCUUGAUAUACAGGGACGUCAAGCCAGAGAACUUCCUGGUGGGGCGGCCGGGCAGCAAGAGGCAGCACACGAUCCACAUCAUCGACUUUGGGCUGGCCAAAGAAUACAUCGACCCUGAGACCAAAAAACACAUCCCAUACCGGGAGCACAAGAGCCUGACAGGCACAGCGCGGUACAUGAGCAUCAACACACACCUGGGGAAAGAACAAAGCAGAAGGGAUGACCUGGAAGCAUUAGGUCACAUGUUCAUGUACUUCCUGAGAGGGAGUUUGCCCUGGCAGGGCCUGAAGGCGGACACGCUGAAGGAACGUUAUCAGAAAAUUGGAGACACCAAACGGUCGACUCCCAUCGAAGUCCUGUGUGAGAGCUUCCCAGAGGAGAUGGCCACUUACCUGCGCUACGUGCGGAGGCUCGACUUCUUUGAGAAACCCGACUACGACUACUUGAGGAAACUGUUCACUGACCUCUUUGACCGGAACGGCUAUGUCUUCGACUACGAGUACGACUGGGUCGGCAAGCCACUCCCUACUCCGAUUGGCCCCAUCCCUAGUGACACACCCGUGCAGCCCAGCAGCCGAGACAAAGCACAACAGCAGACCAAAAACCAGCUGCACACAGUGUGUCCCCUAACUCUGAACCGGCAUCUCGCGUGUAAAGACUGGAAGUCGCCCGAGCCCAAAGGAAGCGAGUCCCAACCCAACCCAGGGACCAAUAGGGAGCUCCAGGGGUCGCAUCUCACAGCUGAUAGGCUGGGGGGCUCUGUUCAGAUAAUGAACUCCACGAACGGAGAGUUGAACACUGAUGACCCGACCGCUGGACACUCCAACGCACCCAUCACUGCGCCAGCCGAGGUGGAGGUGGCUGAUGAUACCAAUUGCUGUUGUUUCUUCAAGAAGAGAAAGAGGAAAGCGCUACAGCGGCACAAGUGAAGGGGAGGGAUGUGAAAGAACAUUCUGGUCACUGUCGAAUUUUAAACGGAAGCUAAAACAGAAAAUGCCCGCCUCUUGGUCUUACGUCUGCAUGCCCCUUCUUCUGGUGUGCAGUGGAACGUUUUUAACUCGCCAGUGAGGUGGACCAGACAACAGACUCUGUAGUUCCUUUUCUACAAAGAAAGUACACAAGUUGUACACAGGGAUAAAGUAAAAUAAAUGAAUGAUAACCGUAACAACGAUGCACAAAAUGUGUGAUGUGACUAAAAAAAGAAAAGAAUACUUUGGAACCGUUGUAUCCUUGAUUCCACACAGAACAUUAUUUGUACAACAGCCUUUGCUGAGGGGAAGAGAUUACACCCAACCGGUCAAGAGAGGGACGAGCCUUCUAUUGAUGAGGAUCUCAUCUGUGGGAGCAAGUUAAAAAUGGAGAAGGAAAUAUACUAAUGAUAAUCCAUGAAUCACUGGGUGGAACAAGAAAGAUUUCACCUCUACGCCAGAAUCUGAAGAUUUUUAUGUAAAUCCUUUUUUUUGCCAUUUAAAUUGGAAGUGGCUUCCAUGGUCCGCUCUCCCAGAAAGCAGAAUUGAAACUGUUUACUUUCAUGUUGUAGUGUUCCAGAAUUCUAUUUUUUCAUUUCUUUUUCUUUUUUUUUUUUGGUGUUUUUUUUUUUUCUCCUCAGUUCUUUUUUUUUUAGUCAAUGUGGACUUUGUAGCACAGUCACUGGCCUCAGGUACUGUGGAAGAUGGAGAAAACUGAUAUUAAGCUCUCUUCGUUAAAUUGCACUUUUUGGAAAAAAAACAGUAUGGAGUUCUGGGCUUGAAAAUAACAAGAAAAUAAAAAAUAAAGACUGACCUAGGAAGA